AUGGUCAGGAAAUUGCGGUUAAAAAGACUUUCUACAGCAUCUGGACAGGGUCUAAAAGAAUUCAUGAAUAGUGAUUCAUCGGAAAGUAAAAUCCUUGAUUGGAGUAAACGCUUUAGCAUAAUAGAAAGAAUAGCUCGGGGAUUGCUUUAUCUUCACAGAGAUUCCAGGCUAAAAAUUAUACUUAGAGAUUUGAAGCCAAGUAAUAUCUUGCUAGAUAAUGAGCUUAAUCCAAAAAUAUCAUACUUUGGUACGGCCAGAAUCUUUGGAGGUAGUGAAGAUCAAGAAAAUACUAGAAGAGUCGUCGGAACUUAUGACUAUAUGUCUCCAGAAUACGCAAUGCAAGGAAUGUUUUCUGACAAAUCUGAUGUUUUUAGCUUCAGAGUUUUGCUUCUUGAGAUUGUUAGUGGAAGACGAAAUUCAAGCUUCUAUGACUGCGAGGAUUCUUUGACCCUUUUAGGAUUUGAAUUUUCCAUAGACAGACCCACUAUGUCUGUUGUAGUUUAUAUGCUUAAUAGUGAGAUUGUUGACCUUCCUCCACCAAAGAAACCUGCAUUCAUCUUGAGACAGAAUAUGCUGAGCACAGUGUCGUCUGAAGAAAGCAAUGAUGGCUUGUACUCUAUCAACUUAGCCAGUAUUUCAGAUAGCCAUGGCAGAUAG